AUGGUCAUGGCUGUUUCCCUUGACGUCAAGAACGCCUUCAACAGCCUUCUGUUCGAGACACUGAGAGAGGCGCUCCGGACGAGGGUGAUCUGCUAUGCAGAUGACACCCUCGUCACUGCUCGGAGCAGGACUUAUGAAGAGGCCGUGCGGUUGAGCACCGUAGAGACAUCUCUGGUGGUAGAAAGGAUCCACCUGUUGGGCCUGAGGAUCUCUAUACACAAAACGGAGGCCCUCCUAUUACAUGGCCCGCGCAGAGGCCGCCCUAGGGAGGCAAGUAUCACCCUUUUUGGGGAGACGAUCCCAGUCAAGGCUCAGAUGAAAUAUCUGGGCCUUGUACUGGACGGGAGGUGGAAUUUCAGGACGCAUUUUGCUCGCUCCGAAGCUGGUGGGUACCGCUGCCGCCCUAGGGCGGCUCUUGCCAAACGUAGGCGGAUCAGGCUCGGUUUGCAGGCACCUGUACUAAGGAAUAAUCAGGAGUAUGGCCCUGUAUGGCGCACCGGUUUGGGUGGAAGCUCUCACCGCUCGACUUAA